AUGAUAAAGAUAUAUGUGUGCGACUACGUUGUAUCCAUUGACUCUAUUGGGUCAGGCAGGGCGGCUUUCGAGAAAAAAGAUGGUGAUCAUCAUGAUGACCUUGUGACACUAUUUCACGGACCAUUGACUAAGAAGAUCAAGGAUACCAGGAGGUCAUACCCAGACUUCCUUAAUCCUGAUGUCACAGUUAUAUCUGUUGACAGUUUGCCUGAUGCUGCGUCCAUGCCAACCAUUGGUAAUGGUUACAUAGCAACACUUGUUCACAGUGACACCAUGUAUGUAGAUGGUGUUUACAAUGGCUACAAUGGAACGAGUCAUAGGGCCAGACUACGGUCGACGUCAUCUAUUAACAUCACUGAUUUCUCCUUCCCUGUUACAUACCGGAAGUACUCACUGGACGUCGGAAGAGGUAUGUACGUUGAAGAGUACACGUCUGAUGACGUCAGAGUGGAAAUGAACAUGUACGCCCACCAAUGGAUGAAUCGUUUACUAGUUACCGAGAUAUCUGUAGUCAAUAACGGAAGUAUACCUAUACAUCUUAACCUGUCACAGAACCUCGGCCUCUCCAGUGAAGAUGUGUCAUUCCAAACUGUUGACAAACAAAUUCUAAACCAAUUCCGAAUGGAUUACGGUGCAACAAUUGAACCCGAGUAUGCGAUACAGGACAAGAUAAGCCUCGUGGCUUUGUCCACCUUGGUGCCUGCUACUAUCACUGUGGAAGCUGGAGGAAAUGUCAGAUAUUUGUUUCAGACAUGUGUAGAAUCAAACUUAAAGAAUACGAUUGAGUCUUUCCAGGAGGGUAUAAAUUAUUUUUUUAAUGGAACAAUGACUAGUUCACACGAGCAGCAAUGGGAGGAGAUAUGGCGAAAAGGAAGGAUAGAUGUCGAUUCUACUGUCAAUUUCAGCAGAAUCAAUUACGCCGCGUUGUAUUAUCUUCUAAGUGAGAUUCCUCGAUCUGAUAGUUAUGGCCCUUUCUUCGGGAUCUCACCAGGGGGAUUAGCGCAUGGUGCUUUGCAUAAGGAUUAUCAGGGGCAUAUCUUCUGGGACCAAGAAACUUGGAUGUUCCCUCCUGUACUUGUCUUGCAUAAAGACAGAGGAAAGAAAAUAAUAAAAACGCGAAUUACAAAACAUUCAUCUGCUAAACAAAUUGCAAAACUAAGAGGUUAUGAUGGAGCGAUGUACCCGUGGGAAAGCGCAUAUACUGGCCUAGAGGUUUGUCCACUGGCACAAUAUUCUGAUUACGAACAACACAUCACUGGCGACAUUGCACUGGCGUUCCAACAGUACAUCAUGAUGACACGAGACACACAUUUCCUCAAGAGUGAGGGUGCAGCUGACGUCAUUACAGAUAUAGCCUCGUUCUGGAUGUCGCGGAUGACUUAUAAUUCGGACGAGGAUCGUUAUGAAAUAUAUGAUGUAAUGCCCCCAGACGAGUACCACUACCCUGUCAACAACUCUGUCUAUACUAAUACUGUAGCUAAAAUAAGUCUCCUUCUGCCAAAAUACGCCCUACCCAUGAUAAACAGGACACCAAACCCACAGUUUGAGAUGGUUGCCAACAAAACCUUCGUACCUUUUAAUGAUACUGGUGACUGGCACCCAGAAUAUGAUGGAUAUACACAAGAUGAAAUUGUCAAACAAGCGGAUGUUGUUCUUUUGGGAUUUCCUUUGUUGACCGAUAUGUCAGAAGAAAUUCGGAAAAACGACUUAGAGAUUUACGCAAAGGUCACACCAGGGGGACCAGCAAUGACCUGGGGAAUGUUCGCGAUAGGUUGGCUGGAACUGAAUGAUACGGAUAAGGCAGAAAAUCUCUUCAAGAAGCAAUUCGGCAACGUCGUUCCUCCUUUCAAUAUCUGGUCUGAGGUGGAGGAUGGUGGAGGUGCCAGGAACUUCCUCACUGGCAUUGGCGGGUACCUACAAUCCCUCAUUUUUGGUUAUGGUGGGUUCAGAAUAUUUGAGGACAGGCUUCAGUUUGACCCUAAGUUGCCACCGGACACUUCUGCAUUCAAUUUAACAGGUGUUGAUUACCUUGAUGGGUCGUUCGACUUUUGUUUCACCAAAACUGAUAUGUCUGUUACUCAAACAAAAGACGCCAUGGGUGUAGUGAGCGUGACGUUGACCUUUACAGGUCAGACUCAGACGCUUAAUAUCGGGACGAAGGUUCAAUACCCCAGGGGUAAAGCCUACUUGUCAGUUAUCUGA